AGUUAAAGCCUCUGUGAUCUCAAAACAAAUUAAGAUAUGAUGAUCACAUUUAAACCAAGAAGCCUCACAUUCUUUGUUUUCAUUGCCUUUUCUAUUUGGUGUUCAAGCUUGUUAGAACCUUGUGAUGCUAGAAAAGGAGGCAAGCAGUACUGGAGGCAAAACAAGGGUGCCUCUGCCUCUGCCUUGAGGAAGGAACAAAAGGGUUAUGGCGGCAAUCACCACCGCCACCAGGCAGGCCCUAGGGUGUCUACAACACCGUCGAGGGGAGACAAUUACAUCACACCAGAGGAAACUGCAGCAAAACUGCAAAAAAAGGGCGGUGGGAAUUCCAACGUCUUUAAUGUGUUGGACUAUGGUGCUAAAGGCGAUGGAAAAGCAGAUGAUACCAAGGCUUUUGAAGCAGCGUGGGCAGCAGCUUGCAAAGUGCAGGCAUCAACUAUAAAUGUUCCUUCCGGGUCCGUGUUCCUCGUCAAACCAAUCUCUUUUUCUGGCCCUAAUUGUGAAGCAAAUAUUGUAUUUCAGUUAGAUGGCAAAAUCAUAGCUCCAACAAGCUCGGGAGAUUGGGGUUCAGGUCUUCUACAAUGGCUCGAAUUCACGAAGCUAAAAGGGAUUUCAAUCAAAGGCAAAGGAAUAAUUGAUGGGCAAGGCUCAGUUUGGUGGAGUGACUCACCCACAUACAAUAUUCCUGCAGAUCAAACAUAUAGCAGUUCACAGGACACGGUCAUAGAAAGUGACAGUGGAAAAAUGCCAAGCACCAAACCAACCGCUCUUAGGUUCUAUGGAAGUGACGGCGUGAGUGUCACUGGUAUAACACUUCAAAACAGCCCUCAGGCCCACCUCAAGUUCGACGCCUGCACGAAUGUUCAGGUUUCUGAUAUAAGUAUUUCCUCCCCUGGUGACAGCCCCAACACAGAUGGAAUCCACCUCCAAAACUCUCAGGAUGUUGUCAUUUUUGGCACCAGUAUUGCUUGUGGGGAUGACUGUAUAUCCAUACAAACUGGAUGCUCAAACAUAUACGUACACAACGUGAAUUGUGGACCCGGACAUGGAGUCAGCAUCGGAGGGCUAGGGAAGGAUAACACUAAAGCUUGUGUAUCGAACGUCACAGUCCGAGAUGUAAAAAUGCACAAUACACUCACUGGCGUCAGAAUAAAGACCUGGCAGGGAGGAUCAGGGUCAGUCCAAAACAUCAUGUUUUCAAACAUUCAAGUAUCAGAAGUUGCAACCCCAAUCAUGAUUGACCAAUUCUACUGUGACAAGAGCAAAUGCCAAAAUGAGACAUCAGCCGUGGCAGUUUCGGGUGUAAACUAUGUAAACAUACAAGGAACCUAUACGACGAAACCUGUACAUUUUGCAUGCAGUGACAGCUUACCGUGUACUGGUGUGUCUUUGGACACCAUACAGCUGAAAUCAGUUGAUGAAGGCAAGCAAUUGUAUGGCCCUUUCUGUUGGGAGGCGUACGGAGAGCUCAAAACAAGCACAGUCCCUGAAAUUGACUGCUUGAAGAAGGGGAAGCCAUAUUCAAGCAGCACAGGAGCUCAGUCUGGAAGUAAUGAUUCUUGCUAAGCACAGGCUUAGCUUAGCCUAGGGAGUUGAUUAGUAAAAAUUCAAAAACACGUGUAGAUACCUCAAAGUUUGGACCCGUCUCUGAAGCCUUUCUUCUAUGGCGGUACCUCAAAUUAUACAUACCGCCAUAGAACAACGACGUUUGCAGUUAGAAUGUCUUUUUCAUGUAUUUUGUUGCUUUUCCUGCUACAAUGUUCUGUUUUUAUUUGAUAGAUUACAUUUCGCCCGCCGAAUAUAAUUAGCGGGAUUGGA